ACCUUACAACAGAAACAUGUUUCAUUUGAAGUUUGUCAAAGAGCUGUCUCUCUGCCUAAAGGAAUCAAUGAUCCUGAAGAAAUAUUUGAGGCUGCAGUUUCAUCUUUGAGGACAGAAAUAAAAGUUUUUAUCCUAACCCCUGAGAUUACGAUUGAUGGGUCAAAUGACUUUACCAUUAAAGCAUUGAGUCAUUACAAGUGUUGCAAAUUGUCAAGUGUGAGGAUGUCUAACUUUGAACAUCUUGGGAAGGGACAGAAGACAUGGCAAGUUUGAUUAAACAUAAGCAGGAAUGUGAUGAACAGAAGAAUGACAAUACAUCUCAAUUUGUAUGUCCAGUUUGUUUGAGACGUCAAGAGUUUUCUGUCUCCAAUCUUGCAUCAGUAAAGAGUCAUGUUGAUGUGUGUCUGUCUGGUAAAUCAGCAGCUGAACAAGAAGUAAAGAAGCAGACCAAAAGGAAGAGCACCAAAUUAUUGGAGAGUUCAAAAAAGGAAAGCAACACUCUUUUCAUAUUGGAAGUGAUUGCACAAUUCUUACUAGAAGUGAAAGCAGAUGCACAUCUUUUGUUUCAACAUGGUACAUGUACAGAAGAUUGACAGCAGAGGAGUAAAGACAUAUUGCGCUCAGGUGAUGACAAGUGACAUUUGACAGUUUCGGUGUGAAUAAAUGUUGAUAUCAACAAUACUGUAUUUGCUCACCUAGUUUUGUGUUACAUUUCUACUUUUAGAUUGAAAAAAUUUGCAUUCCAAAUAAAUUCCUUAG